GAGGAAAAAGCGACCGUCUCUUGCCUUGGAAAUGCGCGUCAGGGACCGCGGUAGCCAAUCUGCUUGAGCACGUAUAGACGCUUGUAAUUCACCAGCCCCCUUGCUGUCUCGCGCAGUGCUCUCUUUCCCCACAUAGCAGUGUUCUUGCUGACUCAGUGCCUUGCUCCCUUUUCUCGCCAAGCACCGACCAGAAACUGCGACGCACGCUCCCUCCAGUAGCCUAUAGCCCACUUCAGCAGCACCAACGCCGCACAAACCGACAGACAUGGCUAAAACAGCAAUUGCAUACAAAGAGAAGAUGAAGGAAAUUUCUGUCCUGUCUCUCCUCUGCUCCUGCCUGUACCCUGAGGCACGCAAGAACCUGGUGGGAGAGUUCCAAGUAGCAGGCAUGGAGGUGAAGCCCAUCAACAAGCGUGCCUCUGGCCAGGCCUUCGAGGUGAUCCUGAAGCCCCCCUCCCCGAUGUCGGACGCAGCCCACAGCGUCACCUCGCCCCCUAAGAGGGAGGUCUCUCUGGAGGACAUCCAGAAGAAGCUGGAGGCCGCUGAGGACCGGAGGAGAUCCCAGGAGGCCCAGGUUCUCAGGGCCCUUGCGGAGAAACGGGAGCACGAAAGGGAUGUGCUGCUCAAGGCCAUGGAGGAGAACAGCAACUUCAGCAAGAUGGCAGAGGAGAAGCUGACCAUGAAGAUGGAGCAGAUCAAGGAGAACCGCCAGGCCUACCUGGCCUCCAUCAUGGAGCGCCUGCAGGAGAAGGAGAGGCAUGCCCAGGUGGUGCGCAGGAACAAAGAGCUCAGGGAAGAGCUGACAGCGUGAGCAGAUGAGGGGCGCCACCGACCAUCGUACCCCCCUACAGCCACCCUUCCCCCGACAGCCCCGCCCUGAGGGACCCCCAGAUCCCCCUACUACUACAGCCCCCACAGCAUCAGACGACCCCCCCCCCCCGCCUUGAGGGAGGAGGAUGACCAACCCACCCACCGCCAGCCCACACUAACAGCGUUAGCAAAUGGGGGGGAUCACAAACAAAUAUGAAAAUGUCUCCCACUCCUCCCUAUAAAAGAAUGUUUGCUCAAUUUCAAAUGAUGAAAAAGAAAGAAAAAGAGAAGCCAACCAAGUGAAAGUGGGUAUUGUUUUUUGUAAAUACUUCCUUUUUUGUUAUAUACAGUAUGAUAAUACAGCUAAAGUAUUGCAGUUUGCGAUUGGAUCAUUUUCUCUAUCUAUGGAUGUACUUUGUUGUUUAGUUUUUCUCGGAACAAAAAACGUUUGCAGUUUCUCUUGUACUAUCAGGCUUCUGUGUUGUUGUGAGUUUGCCAGCUAGCUGACGUGUGUUUGCGGUGGUUAUUUUCUGACCAUGUCUGUGUCUGUCAGUCAGUCAGUCAGUCAGUCAGUCAGUCAGUGUGGGGAUUAUUAGAAUGCAAGCUGCACAUUGACUCCUGGAAGAGAGACUAGCUAGACUUCAGGAGACUUAUUAUAGCAUUUAUGAGCCGAUUCUCUCCUGUCUGUCUGUCUGAUCCCCCACUCUCUUACAUACAGUAGUACAUUCACACACAUGCAAGCGUGCGCACGCACGCGCACACACACACAUACUUUCAAACACACACACACAUUUUGUCAGUUGGGCAUUGCAGGGGUCACAUGACAUCCCUGGCUCAUACCAUGAUGUCACCUUUCAAUCCCUCUCUCAGCAUGUAUGUACCAUCUUAGACAUGUAGAUAAUGUAAUCGUGCCUAGAAUGCUACAAACUCAUAUAGCAGCUAACAUAGAGGCAAUGGUAGAUCCACAAGUUACAUCCAUGUACCACAAGCUUAUGGGCCCUCUCAUUUCUUUCACGUCGUACCAGAGAGGAACCAAUGCCAAAUGCUACUAGGAAGGUUUCACACUAUAUAUGGAGAAUCGUAGAAUAACUCUCUCAAUAUGGAGAAUGAAUCAUUGUACCUUCUUCUUAGUAUUUAAACAGCUUUUAACUGGGUACAGCAGACUAUGGCACACAAAUGGCAUAAACAGCUAAAGUAGGCAACAUGUAAGCCAAUCAACACAUAGACUUCAAAUAUCAGCUAGAUGAUGUUAGAUGUGUUAACAUGACAAUGGAAGACAGUGGCCAUCUGCAAAGGGUGCAUGCAAGUGUAUACAGGUCAGGUGUGUGUGUGUGUGUGUGUGUGUGUGUGUGUGUGUGUGUGUGUGUGUGUGUGUGUGUGUGUGUGUGUGUGUGUGUGUGUGUGUGUGUGUGUGUGUGUGUGUGUGUGUGUGUGUGUGUGUGUGUGCUGGGGAGCACAGGGAGCACAGUCAGGAAGUUGGAGCUGUAAAUCUGACCAUCGGUCACAUACUGAUGACAUCACAGCAUCCUGUCCGUGGUGAUGAAUCUGCCUGCCUCUCUCUCUUCCUGUUUGUGUGUUUCCCCCCUCCACAUAUAUCUUUGUGAGCAACCUGUGGUUAAUAAAGGUUUGGGGUUCUGUGAAUGA